CAUAAAACGUAUGUAAACAUCUUCACAACCCCCAAAUAUGGUGGCUUUAGCUUCCAUUGGUUGUCUCUCCGGCAACAAUGGUAGCUACACAGGGUCACCAAUCCAACAACCACCAAACAACCACCUUGACAUCCUCGCAUUCGAGGCUGCAAGAGCCGUCUCUCGCCUCCUCAAUCUCUACCGUUCUCUCUCCGAUCCAGAAAUAUCGCGCCUCCGGAAAGAAAUCUUCAAAUCUAAAGGCAUCCUCUACCUCAAUUCCGAGGACGAAGGGUACCUUCUAAAGCUUGCGUGCGUCGAAAAGAUCGAAGACCUCGACAAUGCCGCGAAGGUUGUGGACCGCCUUGGCCGAAAAUGUCCAGACUUUACGUUAAAGGGAUUCAAUAUCAUUUAUGCAGAGGUUAAAUCUGGGUCAAUGGAUUUAAGAAAAUUUGAAUAUGGAUCAAGUAAAACAAAGAAUAAGAUUAGGAAACUAAAAAAGUUUUUAUUAUCAACAUUGAGUUUGUAUGGCUCCAUGCAAAGUCCUUCCCCAUCGGAUGUGUCCGAGAAAAAACCUAAUUCUCCUGUUCCGUUUAAAAACAUGAUCAACUUUCCUGCAAUCGAAUGGAUGAUUGCGCCAAACCGUAAACAAGUUUGUGAUCAUGUUCGCAAGCCAAAACUAUGGACACAACCUUUCGAUAAGGUUGUUAGAUCAAUGUCACGGAUUGUGUGUGUGAUUUAUGCUAGAAUAUGCAUGGUGUUUGGGCCGUACGUGCCGGAUUUGCCCGCGGCGUACCCGAGCAAACAGAAACUAGUUACGAAUAUCCCAUCUGAGUACUGGACUGUGGAACCGGCAAAUGAUGAUAAGUGUUCACGGGCGAAGCUGAUAAGAUCAAAAUCUAGGAAGAAUCUUAUUAGGUUUCCUAGCCGGAAGACGGUUCCAGCUUGGGGAGCAACCGUGUUCCAUGUGGCGGGGCCUGAUACGGUUGGGGGGUCACGGUUGCAGAUUCUUUAUGCGAAUUUGAUAAUGAUGGCGGAGGAGAAUAUGAGCAGGAAGAAGUUAAAGGAUGAUGUGAGAGAUGAGAUGUUUAAGAUGUUGCCAAGACAUAUAAGAGCAGUGGUGAAGAUGAAGAUCAAGAGUCAGUUAGGAAAAUACUGUGAUAAAAAGGCAAUGAAGGAAGCAUUGAGGAGGAUAUUCUUGUGGUUAUCGCCAAUGGCAACAAACACUUUGUUGUGGCAACGGGAGAGGAGAGUGGAGAUGACUAAUUUUCAGAUGAGGCCUCCAAUGUUGUUAUUGCAGACAUUGCAUUUUGCAGACAAGGACAAGACAGAAGCUGCGAUUAUUGAGAUAUUAGUGGGUUUGAGCUUUUUAUACAUGCACGACAAACGCGGGGCGCCGGCCGGUUGACCGCGGUGGGGUGGUGGUGGACAUGUUUAUGUAGUUGGUACUAAAUUAAUGGUGUAAAGUUUUGAACAUGAAACAAGUUGUAUAUAUAUUCUACGUACAUGUAUUCAACUUGGUACUAAUAUUAU